GAUCUAUCUGAUACAAGUAUAAGCAAGCUACCCACCCUAGGUCUCCACAAACUGGAGACCCUGAAGCUACAGAAUAUAUUCACGUUGAAAGAGAUACCAUCGGUGGUUCAUUUCAGAGAGAUUCGCACGGCUUACCUCACCUACCCCUACCAUUGCUGUGCAUUCAAGUUCCCGGCCAUACAUACGCCCAAAGAAUACGCCAGAUAUCACUUGAACUUCGAUAGUUACUGCCCGGAUAAGUCACAAACACCGCAUAUAAUACACGAUGGUAUAACCAAUCAGAAUCAGCCCCUAUUUGUAUCGUUAUAUCGGGUGACCAGUGAGAAAGCAUCCCAUUAUGCCCGCAAACUGUUGUCUAUGUUCACCGACGAUGAUAACCUGGAUCAUACUAGCGGUGACCUAAACGAGUUUAAGUUUAGACAUUUGGGCGAAUUCGGUCAUAUGAUGAGCGCCGGUACGCGUAGUCCGAUGGAUAGUACGACAAUAUACGGCAAAAUUGUCUAUAAUCUGGACGAUAACUACACGAAUAGCUAUAACAACGUACUGGCCCUACAACAGGACGGGCCCACGGGUGCCACACUGUCCACGAAGUCACCGCCAGUUGAACGGUUUGGGGAUUUUGCACCAAACAUACCGUCCCCUACAGGUGCCAGUACUCAAAAUAAUAUGGGCUCUGUGGGCCAAACUGUAGAUAAAAUUAAAGACUCUAAAGACUCAACUAUACCGGUAAUUAUUGACUCCAUUUCCGGUUAA